AUUGUGCAGCUGAGGAAACGUCGCAAGGUUCCGCCGACGUCGGUAUGAAAUGGCAGAAACUGCCUGUGUCACGGAAGCUGAAAGAUUAGGUUACGACGAAGCCACACUUGCAUAUUGCCGGGAUCCCGGCCUGUUAGUCUGAGGGCUAUCGGGGUGUCUCGAAGAAGGAAUUAGGCGUUGUUUUGUCUGCACAACCGCCCAGUUUCGGUGUACGGCGGGCAGCGAGCGGCUGCGACUGCGGGUGGACACUGUUGGAAUCAUCAGGAGAGGGGUAUCAAGCAUAAUCCUCAACUUGGAUGCUCAUCCACAGUCCACGGCGAAACAAUGAACCGGAACAAGCGUGAGAAGGAAUACUAUAGCAUAGAUGUGGGCGACUCAACUUUUAUGGUUUUGAAGCGCUACCAGAACCUCAGACCUAUUGGAUCUGGAGCACAGGGAAUUGUUUGUUCAGCUUACGACCACAACUUGGAGAGGAACGUCGCCAUCAAGAAGCUGAGCAGACCCUUUCAGAAUCAAACUCAUGCGAAACGAGCCUACAGAGAACUAGUGCUCAUGAAAUGCGUCAACCACAAGAAUAUAAUCGGUCUAUUAAAUGUAUUCACACCACAGAAGACACUGGAAGAGUUCCAAGAUGUCUAUCUAGUUAUGGAGUUGAUGGAUGCCAACCUCUGUCAGGUUAUUCAGAUGGAGCUGGACCACGAGAGGCUCUCCUACUUGCUCUACCAGAUGCUUUGUGGAAUCAAACACUUGCAUGCGGCUGGAAUCAUUCAUAGGGACCUGAAGCCAAGUAACAUUGUGGUCAAGUCCGACUGCACACUAAAGAUCCUGGACUUUGGCCUGGCCAGGACAGCUGCCACAGGUCUCCUCAUGACGCCCUAUGUAGUCACCCGCUACUACCGUGCCCCUGAAGUAAUUCUAGGCAUGGGUUAUCAAGCUAACGUUGAUGUCUGGUCUGUUGGCUGCAUCAUGGCUGAAAUGGUCCGGGGUAGUGUGUUGUUUCCAGGCACUGAUCAUAUAGACCAGUGGAAUAAGGUGAUAGAGCAGUUGGGAACGCCAUCUCAAGAGUUCCUGAUGAAGCUCAACCAAUCGGUCAGGACCUACGUGGAGAACCGACCACGCUACGCCGGCUACAGCUUCGAGAAGCUCUUCCCCGAUGUUCUGUUCCCUGCGGAUUCUGAACACAACAAAUUGAAAGCAAGCCAAGCCAGAGACCUGCUGUCUAAGAUGCUGGUCAUAGAUGCUUCCAAACGGAUCUCUGUGGACGAGGCCCUUCAGCACUCUUAUAUCAACGUCUGGUAUGACCCCACUGAAGUGGAGGCACCGCCACCGGCGAUCACUGACAAACAGCUGGAUGAGCGGGAGCAUACUGUGGAGGAGUGGAAAGAAUUGAUAUACAAAGAGGUCCUUGACUGGGAAGAAAGAACAAAAAAUGGUGUUAUCAGAGGACAGCCAGCAUCCAUAGCACAGGUGCAACAGUGAGCAGCGACCCCCCGCAGCAGCACCAGCACCCCAACGCCACGCCCUCCCAGGCCCAUGUCGCCUCCACGUCCACAGAUGCUGAAUCAGGUGGUGCGCUGGGCCGCUGCAGGUGACCAUCUUGUAAGCCGCCUCCUCUUGGACAUGUCUUUUUUUUUUUUUUUUUUUUUAAAUGUUCUUUUGGCAAGAGACAAUUUUACCGAAUUCACUACGACGCGGUUUGUAAUGACCAGACUGUGAUGACCUACGUUAAUGUGUGUUUUAAUGUGGAAAGACUGUAAGCUACUGACAAGCUUUCAUGUAAACGUCCAGUGACUUUGUACAGUUUUGACACUAGAUAGUCGGUAGUUCAUUGACACUCUCCUCAUUUGUCCUAAACAAUGAAAGCUUAAGAUAUGUUGUUUCAAUUAAGUGGAACCUCCAAAGUUUAACACAAUUGUGUUAGUGGUGCUGCUUGGCUUUGUCAUUUCAAUAAUUUCUGUUGUAGAAAAUCAUUUAGAUACCGUCACCUUGUUUUGACAUUCAAGUACUGCUUUUCUUCAAAGGUGAUCAACUACCAAAUAUCAAAGUUGGCAUUAUACAUUUGUAAUUCAUGCUAAUAAGAACUUUAAGACAUAAUAGCGAUUAAACCGCUAAGUUGGCAAUACUGACAUUUGUUAUGGAAGUGACUAGAAAUCUAAUAAACACUGACAUAGUCCUUGCUGCUUGGACAACAAUUAAAACAGUCAAACUAGAAUAAAUGAAAAAUUUUCAUCAAAGCUGCGAAAACCAAUGGGCAUACCUUCUUAGCAAAGCAAAACAUGGUUCAAAUUUUGUGAAAUAUUAAUUGAUACACCGAUACACCAGCCAUCACAGCAAAGCUACCAACACAAUUUCUCCAGAAAUUGCAUUUUCUAGUAAUAAACGAAACAUAAUAAACUUGACUGUUCCGAAACAAUAUCCUACUACAAAAUGGAAAUGCCUAGAAUGAUCCUAAAAUAGUCUAGUGUACAUGUGAUUGUAUAUACAGUAUAAUUGAUUUCUAAGCAGCGUUUCCAUUUCGCCAUGUCACCCUCUUGACUAAAAAAAAAAAAAAAAACAACAACCCUUUUCCUUCCUGUCUAAGGGCGCUUUCACACUUGCACUUUUUUGUCCAUUUUAAACGGACCUGAGGUCUUUUUCUCAGAUAGUCUGCUCAUGUGAAUGCGCAUCCGAACUGUUGUUGGGACCAAACAACCGAACUCUGGUCCGCUCAAAAAUCGUUGAUCUCAGUCCGCUUUAAGCGCACCCUGUUUCGCUUGUGAAUGCAACCGGAGCAGGGUGCGCUUUGCUACCUUAUGUCAGGGGUCCCCAACCUUUUUUGCCCUACGGACCGGUGUUAUUUUGGUCUUUUUCUUCCACGGACCGGUGUUAUGACAAAUUUUGCAACUCAUCAAAAAUUGCAACGAUGCGUUUCUGCGCAUGCGCGUAACGUUAAACAUAGCCGCAAAAUGGGCAAAUGCAGCAAUUCCAAAGUAAACACUACAAACUUUCUUCAAAAAAAGGAAUAUUAACUUACGUUUGAUCAUGGAAGGACAUGUAGAAAAUUUCUCCUCAGAUACAUCCUGCCAUGUUAGCUGCACACAACAACUGCACAACGCUCUCACCAUUAACGACUUCGCCUUGUCGUUAAGCAUUAAUUAAGAAGCCCGCUUCACAAAGAUACGAUGUUGGAAAUUAUAUCAAGGGUUUAAAUGCUCUCGUAGCGAUGUCAGGACAUUCCUGAAUUACUUUUAUCCAGAACCUCGGUAGAGUUGUUGUCUCAAAUGUAGGUUUAAUAAGGUCGCCGUCAUUUGCGAUUUCUACAAGCUGAUCCUCCUGUUGCACAAACAUGCUCAAAUCACUCGGUUUAUUCACAAGUGGGUCACGAAUCCACUCCUUCGUAGUUCGUGGGUCUUCGACGUUGUAGGCUCGUCAGGUGCCCUUUUUGCCAUAAAAAUAUCUCCAAAGACGUCUGUUUUCCAGUCAUCGUCGCUCGUGUGGGGGCUCAUUAUUUCUGGGAACAAAUGUGCUGCGCCCGCGGCCUAGUAAUACGUUAUUAUCGAGGACAAGCGCACAUAGAUAUAUUAUAUACUCAAACAACAUGUAGUGCGAGCAGUCCAAUCAAAGGAUUUCUAUGACGACCUUCUAAUCUAUCCUGUAGUAUUAUAUCUAGAGUAGACAGGGAUAUUGGUGUGUUAAACAGGGGCACAGGGUUAAUUCGGCCGGGACUGCAACUAACGAUUAUUUUCAUAAUCGAAUCAAAAUGGAUGACUGUUUCCUUCAAAAAAAUUUGUAUUACGGCCUCCUAAGUUAACUGUUGUCUACAAAUGUAUCGUUUAUCAAAUUCGUUGGCAACAAAUUCAAUAAUCAAUUUAAUAGAUUAGUUGUUGCAGCCUUAUUUAGAAGCUAGUUUAGACAGUAAGCUGUCCGAAAAUUGGCAAAAGUGUAAAAUGUUGUUUUCCAAAAUAAAAGCAAGAUUUUUGUUCAUGUACUACUUUGACUUAUCAAAAAUAUAAUGUAGAAAUCUGAUAUUUACAGCUGAGUAGUUACAUAUAUGUUAUAAUUUAAAGAAUUUACACAAGUUUAAGGCGAAAAAGGUCCUAAACAAUUAAUCGAUUUGUUGUCGAAUAAUCGAUUAAUUGUUGCGCCUCUAGGGGCCGUUUACGUGGUGACUCUCCGAGAAAAUUUCAUGUUUGCAUUUAUAUGGGCCCAUCUCUAUUCGAACAAUGUCGCAAUUCCGCAUGAAAACGAUGUAGUAUUCAUGCUUGGCCUUAGGGAGCAGUGCAGAUUUACAAGGCGACAGUAAAUGAUGCACUUUGACCGCAGCAAAGAUCCUCAGCGCAGAAAAAAAUAUGCCCGCCCACUCAAGCGAUGGCAUUUUUGUUUUGUUCAAAAAGGCACAAAAAUGGAAACAUUCAACAUAUUUAAUUUAAAAAUAUAAUUAAAUCAGUAAAUUAAAGCCGACAUUCCGCCAUAUUUGCUGUUUUUAAUGUUUAGUAGCACCGCUGCGCACGCCCAAUGUGACGUGUAAGAGUAAUGACGUUAUCGGCGCGGUGUCGCGCCGCGGGAGCCUUUGAUAUCCAUGCGGAGCAAGUGCCCCUCAAUCCCCCGCAAUCUAAUUCUUUCACUUUGGAGGCAGGAUUCGGAAUUUUUUAUCUUUCCCGACAUCAUAUCCACGUGAGGCCACACAGUCAUUGCGUUUUCGUGUCGUCAUGUAAACUGCCCCCUAGAGAGCACCUUGGACAACUCAUUUGCAAGUGUUGUUGCGAGGUCUAGUGUGAAAGCGCCCGAAAAAAAGAAAUGGGUGGAAGUCCCACAAGGUAGGUUGACAUCAUAAUUAUGUUCUCACAGAACUUUGUUACACUUUGGAGGUUCUAUUGUAUAUGAAUAGGGGGUAUGGAGCUGGACCUAUAAUUAGACGCGUGGAAGUGAUGUGUUCAUUGAGAAGUUUUCAGGAUGUAGAACGCGAGACGAUGAUACUGGGUGGUUCUUAUUCUACUUAUUUUUUUGGAUGAUAAAGUGGAAAAAAAAAGCAACAUCCCGUUAUUAGUAACUUUUAAUACUGUUGUGUGUUCACGAUGUCCCUUGGACAGCUGCGGUUCAAAAGAAGCCGAGUUAGUUGCAUGUUUAAUCGGCAGCACACAUCAAAAAAGAAAACCAACAACUCUUACUUUAUGCAAUAAUGUUGUCCUUUGACGUGUUUGUACGCAAGAGGAAAGUGCCUGUUGUACUGUAAUGAGUCAUUUGUGUUGUUUUGAAGGCAUCUGGAUGGAUAACAGUAGUGCCAUUACUGUGUCAAAACAAAAAAAGAAGCAUUUGUAUAUUUUUCUACUUUGGUUUCAUUUCGACCGUAGGAGGACACCGUAGGUGACGAUGUGUCUGAGGCUGGCCAGCGUCACCAAGGUCUUUCAUCAAAGUUUAGCAAUCAUUACAACAGGCCACCUUUACUCUCUCCACAUAGGUAAAAGUAGGGAAAAAAAACUGAUGCUGGAAUAGUUUGCAUAGUUUAACGAGCGAGGAUAUUUUCAAAUAAGGGUAUAAAAAUAGCUUUUUUUCUUAAUUUUUAAUAUGCUUUUUAAUUUUUGAAAUGUACAGUAGUUGUACUUCAAGUACAUACAUUGUCACAAUUUCCCUUAUACUGCUUUGGCAAAUUGUUCAUUUGUAUUAAAUAUGUCAAUAACUACUGUAUCAUGGCAGCUUUAAAACAAACAAACAAAAACAGUCUUGGCUUGACAUUGGGUUGUGCCAGCAAACUCAUUUCGGCUGAAUACCAAGUGAAAACAGUCGUGCCAUUUGCAAUGUUUCCUCUCAAAAUUUUUUUUUUAAAAAUAUAUAUGGCGGAAAACACAGACAAGGCUAAAAAAGCAGUUUCUGCUCUUGCACCCCUCUUUAAAACAAACUGCUGUAUUUUAAGCCAAAACAAUUGGUGUGUUUGAUGUAGGGCUGCAGCUAUCGAAUAUUUUAGUAAUCGAGUAAUCGACUGAAAAUUCUAUCGAUUAAUCGAGUAAUCUGAUAAAACAAAUAUAUUUUUAGGUGAAGAGCAAAAAUAAAUUUGAGAAAAUGAGACAUUUCAUCUAAUCUUGAACCAUUUUCAGUCAAUCGAUGUCUUUAUUUUCGAUGUAUAUUGUUGAAAACAGCCAACAAUUGCAUCUCAGUUGUAACUAGAAUAAAAAUCGAGACUUAAUUCACUGCUU